UCUCAUUCCAAAUUGACUUCAUUCCACUUUUCCCUCAUCACCGUACAUACGCCUUAGCUUAUUUCAACGACGGAACGACUCGGACCACCACCUUCUUCUCUGUCGGCGGGUUCUUCAAGUGGACUGGCGAGACUGUGACGCAAGAUGGCUGUCAUCGAUGAGCUCAAGGGUGUGAAAGUCACCGUCCAAGUCAACGGCCAGGAAGCCGUUGAGUACGACGACCCGGAUGGCUUGGAGAACGACGUCAACCGCAAGCACGCAACCCACCGUGCCUUCAACUAUAUUGAGUCCAAGGAUGACACCUGCUUCACCGUGAAGUACGAGGUUAAUCAUAUGCACCGGUGGGAGAGCCCGAAAAGCGCCUUUUCACUCUACUUAUAUGUCGAUGGCAAGCGCAUGGAUAGUGUCGUUUGCGAGGCGAGUCGCUUCAACUCAUUCGAUCCAUUUUACAAAUGGAGCACAGUUGUUGAGGGUUCUCGAGGAAGCUCGAGAGACCCCUCUUACGAUCGUCUUAGCAAAUUCAAGUUCUCUCAAGUCACUACUGUUGACGAUGCUACCAAGGAGCGCGUCGAGGGAGACUCUAAGAAAGCAAAGUCCCUCGGCGUCAUCGAGGUUUUUGUCUACCCCUUGACCAUCACAGGGCCUUCGUACACGUCAGGCCACGAGCACUAUCGCGACAAUCAAGAUUCCAGUUUCAACAUUGCGGAAAAGGCGCUCAAGGGCCGCGCCGUCUCUCACGGUACCUCCUUCACUGACGGUGGAUUUGUUUCCAAGAGGAAGUCAGUGUGCGCAGAAUAUCUCAACGGCGGUAAUCCUAUCGCCUGCUUCAUGUUCAAAUACCGUUCCAGAGAUGCAUUGCAAAAGGAGCUCAUCGUUCCUCGGUCUCCAAGCCCCGAGGCCAUUGACGAGCUUUCUGAGGCCGAUAUCAGGCGGCUAGCUGCGGAGCGCCUGGACGAGAUUAACAAUGGACGUCGAUCUGGCACCGUCAAGCAAGAGAGAAAGGGCCCUAUCAUCAAACGCGAGUUUGCCGAGAUCUACGACCUCACCGAGGAGCCUGCCAAACGCGAAUGGAAGAAGAUCAAGAUCGACGCCAACAGAGAGGCUAUUGACCUCACCGAUGACUAGGCGUAUGAGUUUCUUGAAUGCACUUCCUUGGUACUUGUUCUUCGCCAGUCCGCAGAGAACGAUAUCAUGAGCACGACCCUUCAAUUUUCGGCGCAACUUUGCUUUCGGGGCCAAAUGGCAUAUUUCGGUUUGUGUUAAGCCAAGCUUCAGGG